UGUGUUUAAGUAAUUUCAUUCAAUUAUUAAUUUCUGAAAAUAUGCCGCCCAUCACACAAGAAGGCAAUUGCCUUAUUUAUCGAGGCAGCAAUUUUCUGAAACAGCGCCUCGUGCUUUCCUGUCUGAGCGGGAAACCGGUGAAAAUAACACAAAUACGUUCGGAUGACGACGAGGCGCCUGGUUUACGUGAGUUUGAGAUAAGUUUUAUACGUUUGCUAGACAAGAUCACAAAUGGCACCAAAAUUGAGCUAAACGCAGCCGGCACCAGCGUCAUGUUUAGCCCGGGACUACUACACGGUGGUGAAUUGCAACAUGAUUGUUGCGUGCAACGCGGAAUUGGCUAUUAUUUAGAUGCAUUAAUUGCGUUGGGCCCGUUCUGUAAAAUGCCACUCCACUGCCAACUACGUGGUGUAACCAACAGUAAAGAGUCACCAUCCGUGGACCAUAUAAAGGGCGCAGCAUUGUCUGUGCUUAAGCGUUUUCUGCUCGUUGAUGAGGGUCUGGAGCUGCGCGUUGUGCGCCGUGGCGUUGCACCUCUAGGCGGUGGCGAAGUGGUGUUUCGUUGUCCGAUACGAAAGAGUCUGCGUGCCAUACAAUUUCAAGAACAGGGCAUGGUGAAGCGUAUACGUGGCACUGUUUAUGCCUGCAAAGUGUCGCCGGCUAUGGCAAAUCGCACCGUUGAAGCUGCAAAGGGCUGCAUGCUUAAAUUUCUGCCCGAUGUGUAUAUCUAUACGGACCAGAAUCGUGGCAAAAUGUCCGGCAAUUCUCCAGGAUUUGGCAUUUGCCUGCUUGCUGAGACCACAGAUGGUGUUUGUUUUGCCGCCGAAUGCAAUUCUAAUAUUCAAGGUGAAGCGGAAACACCAUCAAUUCCUGAGGAUCUCGGACGAGAGACUGCAAUGUCUCUGCUUAAUGAAAUUUAUCGCGGUGGUUGCUGUGAUUCCGCCUAUCAGUGGCUAGUGGCGCUCUACAUGGCUCUUGGCCAGAAGCAUGUCUCCAAAUUUGUGACUGGUCCACUUUCCACCUACACGGUACAUUUUCUUCAGCAUUUACGGGACUUCUUUUCGAUUACAUUCAAACUGGAGAAUCCCGAGCUGGAUGAAGAUGAUGCCGAUGAGGUGCGUGGCGCACAAAAGGUCCUCAUGACUUGUGUAGGCAUUGGCUAUACAAAUAUCAACAAGCGUGUUAUAUAAAUUUAGUUUAUAAAUAGGAUAGAAAAUACUUCGAUGUAUAUACAUUUAAAUAAAUAUCUUAAAGUUACAA